UCUGCCCCUGGAGCUAUGGCUUGAACGACCAGAGGUACCACAGUAGCUGCCGCUGUCCGUCAGCGGUGAGUUUUGAACGGCUGCUCAUCAGCAUCUUGGUUCACCAGCUGCCAGAUCCUGGAAUGCGCAGGCGAGGAGGAUGCCUGCGCGGCCGGGCUGAAAAACACGCCGGGAGCAGCAAGACCUGGUCAUGAUUAUUUUUGUCGUCGAGAUUGCCUCAUUGGUGCAAUUCGUAUUCCAAUCCCUGUUUGCCAUGACCCAAUUGAUGACCAGGCAUGCACGAGCCUUGUUUCCUUGCAACCCUCACCAGUGACCACCCCGUCUGCAAGCCCUGCGAAGUCAGCGGAUGCUGAAUUCUCCAUGGGAGCCGGCGAUUCCGGAUGAGCCUUGGAGAGAGCACGCAGAGUGCGGCCAGAGGCGUAUCCCGCCAUCAAGGAACUCCGAGGGCGGCGACGCUGGGGCCGCGAUGGCGCCCACCGCUUGUCGCAGCUGGACCACGUGGAAGGCGCAUGGAUCCGUCGUUGAAACUUCGGCACCACGCUUGCUUUUGCAGUUGGUUUGCGCAAUACUGUAAAUGUCUCGCCCCGUCCCCGCCGCCACAUCUCCAUCUCGUCCUUAUGUUUGUGCCUGUGGCUUGCGCCCCCUUUCGCUGUCACAGCGAUCACCACACGCUGUUAGAGGUAAAGCAUCCUGCGGCGGGAUGCAAUCAGUGUGCGUGCCUGAUUUUCAGGGGCCCAAAGCUUAAUGGCAAACAAUCCCAACUCCAUCGCCACCUCGGCAGUUUUGCAAUUCUUGCGGUGCAUCACAUCGACCAGAGAUUGCCGCGUCGCAUAAGGCGUGUGGGGGACUUUGCUUUUGUCGGAAAUGCCGGUUGUGCGACGUCAAGCCCGACGUCGGCGACGCGCCAUCUCAUCUGAUGAAGUUGUGCUUCGCUGUCCCGACCGCUCGGAUAUGCGGAGAGAGAGCACGCAGUGACGCUUGGCGAUGACGCCCGCCAACUUCAUCUUUU